AUGUCUCUGCUAGAUCUCUCCAUCCUUGCCUGCAUACGAUUGACAUUGCUUGCUGCUGCCUGGAGCAUCGCAGCUCUUGGAUAUCUCAUCAGUUUAUCAGUUAACAGCUCAACGGUAUUAGCGUUCUAUUUUGUGGUGUGUUGCCUUGCAAUUCUCCUCAACGUAGCUGGAUUUGGAGUCCUGUGGGCGGAACCAAAAGGAUACAAGAACACGGCUUGCAUGAUUGCGUUUGAAUACGUUAUAAUGGUGCUAGUUGCAACCUCCAUAUUUGUAACGGCUCUUGCAAAUAUUGGGGGCAGCCCUGAUGGUGACGAAAAUUCUCCUGUCCAGGAUAGGUGGAACAUGGUUGCUUUCGUUGUGAUUUUGGUGAUUGGGUAA